CUGUCCCCUGCGGAGGGGACCGGGCGGGGGACGCCGGCCCGGCCCGAGCUGCCGGCGGUCCGGUCUGGGCCUUGUCUUGGUCGCGGCGCCCCCUGGCGGCCAGAGCCAGGCGUGCCCAGUGCGCUCUGGUGUCCCGCACUGCGGGGAGGAGGGACGCGAGUCUGCGGGGCGGGGACUCGGGGACCUCCGCCGGCCCGGCGGCCCCAGGUACGGGCCGUGCGCGGCGCAGCUGGUCAGGCUCCCGGAGCGUCGGCGCCGCCCAUGGCCGAGGUGCUCCAGCCAGACCCGGGGGCGGCCGAGGGCGCGCAGGCCCAGGCCGUGGAGACGCCGGGCUGGCAGGCCCCGGAGGACGCGGGCCCCCAGCCGGGAAAUUACGAGAUCCGACACUAUGGACCAGCCAAGUGGGUCAGCACUUCCGUUGAGUCUAUGGACUGGGAUUCCGCCAUCCAGACUGGGUUUACAAAGCUGAACAGCUACAUCCAAGGCAAAAACGAGAAAGAGAUGAAAAUAAAGAUGACAGCUCCAGUGACAAGCUAUGUGGAACCCGGUUCAGGUCCUUUUAGCGAGUCUACCAUUACCAUUUCCCUGUAUAUCCCCUCUGAGCAGCAAUCUGAUCCGCCCAGGCCUUCAGAGUCAGAUGUCUUCAUUGAAGACAGAGCCGGAAUGACUGUGUUUGUACGGUCUUUCGAUGGAUUCUCUAGUGCCCAAAAGAAUCAAGAACAACUUUUGACGUUAGCAAGCAUCUUGAGGGAAGAUGGAAAAGUUUUUGAUGAAAAGGUUUACUACACAGCAGGCUACAACAGCCCUUUCAAGUUGCUUAAUAGAAAUAAUGAAGUGUGGUUGAUUCAGAAAAAUGAACCCUCCAAAGAGAAUGAGUGAGAAAAUGAAAAAAAUUCCAUCACCGGGGCAAAACUUCUAUUUAAUAUAGACAUCAGCACUAUCGAUAAGU